AUGCUGGCGGCCGAGCCCGCUGCCGGCGGAGCCAUGUCCCAGCCCGAGGCGGAGAGGACGGGCGGCGGCUCCACACCGGAGCCGGAGCCGGGGCCGGGGCUGGAGCCGGAGCCGGAGCAGGAGCCGGGGCUCCCCGGGAGGGCCCCGCACCGCAACCGCGCCCGGCGGCCCUCGGUGCGUGACUCCCGCCGCGCGUCCUCCCGCUUCAACCGGCGGAGCUCGGCCGAGCUGGAGCUGCUGGGCUACCCGGCGGCGGGCGGAGGGCUCGGGGGGCCGGUGUCCCCGCCACCGGCAGCUGCACCCGGGCGCCGGGAGCCGGAGGAGACGGAGAGCGAGGAGGUGGAGACGCGGGCGGUCGCCACCUCCCCCGACGGCCGGUUCCUGAAGUUCGACAUCGAGAUCGGCCGCGGCUCCUUCAAGACCGUCUACAAGGGGUUGGACACGGAGACCACCGUGGAGGUGGCGUGGUGCGAGCUGCAGACACGGAAGCUGUCCAAGACGGAACGGCAGCGGUUCAGUGAGGAGGUGGAGAUGCUGAAGGGGCUGCAGCAUCCCAACAUCGUCCGCUUCUAUGACUCCUGGAAGUCAACCAUCAAAGGCCAGAUCUGCAUCGUGCUGGUCACAGAGCUCAUGACAUCUGGCACCCUGAAAACGUAUCUGAAGCGGUUCAAAGAGAUGAAGCUGAAGGUGCUGCAGCGCUGGAGCCGGCAGAUCCUCAAGGGGCUGCAUUUCCUGCACACCCGCUCACCCCCCAUCAUCCACCGUGACCUCAAGUGUGACAACAUCUUCAUCACGGGCCCCACAGGCUCCGUCAAGAUCGGAGACCUGGGCCUGGCCACCCUCAAGAGAGCCUCCUUCGCCAAGAGUGUCAUAGGCACCCCCGAGUUCAUGGCACCAGAGAUGUAUGAGGAGAAGUACGACGAAGCUGUGGAUGUCUAUGCCUUUGGGAUGUGCAUGCUGGAGAUGGCCACCUCCGAGUACCCCUACUCCGAGUGCCAGAAUGCUGCCCAGAUCUACCGCAAAGUCACCUCGGGCCUGAAGCCCAGCAGCUUCUACAAGGUGAAGGUGCCAGAGCUGAAGGAGAUCAUCGAGGGCUGCAUCCGCAUGGACAAGAACGAGAGGUACACCAUCCAGGACCUGCUGGAGCACUCCUUCUUCCAGGAGGACACAGGGGUGCACGUGGAGCUGGCUGAGGAGGACGACGGCAUCAAGUCUGGGCUCAAGCUCUGGCUGCGCAUGGAUGACACAAAGAAGCUGCAUGGCAAGUACAAGGACAACAACGCCAUCGAGUUCCUCUUCGAGCUCUACAAGGACGUGGCAGAGGAGGUGGCCCAGGAGAUGGUGGUCCUGGGCUUUAUCUGUGAGGCUGACUACAAGCUGGUGGCCAAGGCAGUGCGGGACCGGGUGGUUGCCAUCAAACGCAAGCGGGAGAAGCUGAAGCGCGCUCAGGGCGUGCAGUCACCCGCAGAGCCGGAGCAGCCACCGGGUGUCCUGCACCUGCUGGAGGACCUCAAGUCCCCGCUGCCACCCGGGGUCCCUGCACCCACCACGACCACCCCUGGCUCUGGGGACUCCAUCUUCAGCAGCACUUUCCUCCCAGAGCCUGAGGAGCCCGAGGCUGACCAGCACUUCACCUACAGGCAUACCAGUUACUCCUCAGCCACCUCUGACUGCGAGACCGAUGGCUACCUGAGCUCCUCGGGCUUCCUGGACUCCUCUGACCUGGCCCAUCACAGCUUCUCAGCAGGGGACCCUGCCAGCCCCCCACCCACCCGCCCUGUGCGCUGUUUCCCCACGAGCAUCGCGGUGCAGCUGCCCCCCGAGCGCCUGCCCCCCGCCAGUGGAUUCUCCUCCCCGGUGGACAGCUACGCCUCGGAUGUGGCAUCCGGGAUGAGUGAUGGCUACGAGGGGCUCUCAGCCAGCGAGCGCAGCACCGAGCUGCCGCCCAAACGUGCCCCGGGGAAGCUGCUGAGGCGCCGAGCCCGGUCCAGGCUGCGCAUCACCAAUAUCUCCGACAAGAACGACCGGGUGGUGGAGUGCCAGCUGCAGACCUACAACAACAAGAUGGUGACUUUCAAGUUCGACCUGGAUGGGGACAACCCAGAGGAAAUCGCAGCUGUCAUGGUCCACAACGAGUUCAUCCUCAAGUCAGAGCGGGAUGGCUUCAUCCACCGCAUCCGGGACAUCAUCCAUCGAGUGGGGACCCUGCUCCGUAAGGACGGGCGUUCUGCCACUGAGCUGCCCGAGAGCCCGGAGGCUGAGCGUGGUGCUGGCAGCCCCGUGGACCUGAAGCUGCAGGAGCUGUCACGUUCCAUCUCCUCCUCCUCACUCAGUGACUUGGGCUGCACCAGUCCCAGCCUCUCUGUCCAGUCCCCCAUCCUGCCAUCACUGAGCAGCUCCCCAUUGGAGACCGACCCCGGCAGCCCCGCGGAGCCACCGGCACCUCCGGUCCCUCAGCUGCAGCCGGUGCUGCCGGGCUCCCCUGCAGGCUCCCUCCAGACCUGGCCCCUUGCCUCGAUGGCUCCCUCCUGGCUGACAACCUCGCCGGCAUUCCCACAGACCCCCCCGAGCACCCCGAGGGGUCCCGUCCCACCAGCCCCACCCCAAGCCCUCCUGGCCCCGCUGCCACUUCCCACAUCCCCUGUCCCCAGUGGGCCCAGCAGCCCCCCGAGCCCCCCUGUCACCAGCAUGCCCUGGUCCCCCCCUGCCCCUCUCCUGUCCCUGGCCAACGUCUUCUCCCUGGCUGUGAUGAGCAUGGCCCACACGCUGCUGCCCGCAGUCUACUCCAUCGCCAGCUCGGGCAGGUACCUCUACCCCCCGGCAGUGCCACGGCCACAGACCCUCGCCGUGGGGUCCCCACGUUUCACCUACCCCGACCCUGCCAGCAUGGCCAAGUCUGUCCCAGCCGGUGGUGGGACCCUGGUGUCACCGGGGGUUGAUGUCCCCACUGCUGGGGGGCCCCUGCCCUUCCCUUCCCCGGCCCCGCUGAGCCCCCCAGGCAGCGAGGCUGUGGGGAGUCCCCUGCCAUCACCCUCCCUGCCAGGGAGCCCCGAGGGCAGCACGGUGCCUCCCAGCUCCCCCAGACCCAUCCACCCGCUCAUCGUCUCGGAGUCCCCGGCCCCCAGCGUGCCCAGGGCCCGGUUCUCACCUGUCAGCGAAGCAGGAGCCAAGCCCCAGAUCCUGGGCCGGUUCCAGGUGACACCGACCAAGGACAUGGCUGUGACCUCCCCGGUGCCAGGCGACAGCGAGGGGGAGCAGUUCAAUGUGGAGCCAGCAGUGAGGGGUUCCCCCCCACCCGCUACGCCCCCCAGCAGCUCAAGCAGUGACACGGACUCGGUGCUGGAGACGGUGGAGCGGGGCCCCGAGGCCGAGGAGGGGACGGUAGCACUGGUGGAGAGCGACCGGGAGGGCCCCAGAGAGGAGGGCGGCGAGAGCACAGCCCCGGCCAUCAUCAGCCAGGUCUGGCUGAGCUACUCCCGUAGCUUGCCCUACCUGAGCAGUGAUGACACCGAGAGUGAGGAUGAGGAGAUCUGGGAGGAGCUGCAGAACCUGCGGCAGAAGCACAUGGCAGAGGUGCAGCUGCUGCAGAGCACUCAGAAGAAGGAGAUCGAGGAGCUUUACCUGCGGAUGGGGAAGCAGCCACCGCUCGGCAUCGUCUCCCCGGCCGCCAUGCUCUCCAGCCGCCAGCGCCGCCUCUCCAAGGGCAGCUUCAACCCCUCCCGCCGCAACAGCCUCCAGCGCCUGGAGCUGGCACAGCCCACAGGCAUCAUGCGCCGCAACUCGCUGAGCGGCAGCAGCACCGGCUCGCAGGAGCAGCGCCUCACCAAAGGGGUCACCUUUGCCGACGACCUCGGCCGCCUGUAGCCGGCUGGCCAGGAGUGACACCACUGAACUACCUCAUCCAAGUGCCUGCUGCCCCGGGGGGUGAGAGACAGAGACCCCCCCCUACCCACCCCCCUGCCUGCCAGGAGGGCAGCACCAGCCCUGGGUGCCAACCCCAGGGACCCCCUGACCCCCCCUUCCUCCCAGUACCUGCCACCUCUGCAUCAGAGGGUGGGCGGGCCGGCCCCCCACUUGUCCCCCCCAUCCCUGUCCCCAUCCCCUCCAGCCACCACCCUCCAUGGCUUCACUCUGAGCUGAACCCAUGCAGGCAGAACCGGGCCCUGGGCCGAGCAGAACAGCACCCCAGCUCCCUGCCAGCAACUGGGCUUUGAUACAAACUGGUGUCUGCAAAGUGUUUUCAUAAAUAUGAAUUAAAUAAC